ACGGCCAUUGGCAUGAGUGACCAUACCCGGCAGCUAGCUGCUUGUAGGUACAUGAGCUGCUACUAUUACGAUAAAUAGCGGCGGCAGCAACAUACCUGCAGAUAUCAACUCUAUUUUUCAGACCAAUGGCGUCAUCGCAGGCCACCAUCGCGCCCCCCUGCCAGAUUGCCUCCUUCAAGCAGUCAGCUCCAGAAGCGGGCGCUUCCACGAGCAAGGAGGUUUGCACAAGUUGUCCUGCUAGCAAAUGCAGGUUCCGACAAUCUCACACCUCUUCUAGAGUUGAAUUCAUUCACAUUUCCAGCUUUUAUCCAUCAAUUUACAAAGGUCGUCAUCUGCAUUGUUCGAAUCACAUAACACCACACAUCGGGGCAGCCGUUCCUGCCCCAAGAAUCAGCACAACUCGAGCUGCAUUACCUGAUUCAAGCACAGCCAUGACAGAAGGAAAUGCAGGAUUCAGCAGUGGACUGAGGAGACCAUCAGAAGAGGGGGCCCCUCCAGAGCAAUGGGACGCGGAGCAUUAUGCGGCCAACAUGCGCUUUGUUGCUGACAUGGCAAUGCAGCCGCUCAUUGACCUGCUGGCGCCCAAGCAGGGGGAGAGGAUUCUGGACCUGGGGUGUGGGGAUGGUCCCCUUAUGGGCCCAAUUGCAGCUCAUGGCUGCUCAGUGGUUGGAGUGGACUACUCAGAGGACAUGAUCCUCAAGGCCCAAGAAAAGGGCCUGGAUGCUCACGUGGCUGACGGGCAGAGCCUCUCCUUUGACAACGAGUUCGAUGCCGUCUUCACAAACGCUGCCCUCCAUUGGAUGAAGCGGGAUCCUGACGGAGUCAUCACUGGGGUGAAGCGAGCGCUCAAACAGGGCGGUAGAUUUGUUGGGGAGUUUGGCGGUCAUGGAAACGUUGCUGCGAUCAAAACUGCACUUCUUGCAGUGUGUAAUGCACGGGGGAUUGACGGCUUCUCACGCAUUCCAUGGUACUUUCCAACAGUUGACGAGUACAGAGCCAAGUUAGAAGCUCAGGGUUUCGAAGUCGAAUACAUUGAGCUCAUACCGAGGCCAACUCCGCUUCCGACGGGAAUGGCUGAGUGGUUUGCCGGGUUUGGAAACACAUUUUUUGAGGGGAUGGAUGAGGAGACGAAGAGCGCGGCUGUAGCUGAAGGGCUGGCCCUUCUGAAGCCCAGCCUGUGCGACUCCAAGGGGAAUUGGACAGCGGACUAUGUAAGGCUCCGCUUUUCUGCAAAGCUUAAGACGUAGCCAUGCUACCAACAGAGCUCAUCGUUUCUGAUAUUGUCCCUACUAUUCCUUCCGACAACUAAAUCAGACUGAUGAAGGCACAGAAACAUUGAGUCUACCGACCAGAGUAUUGAGCUAGGUACGUAUGGCUUCUGUUCCAUUGCGUGCCAGACGAGAUAUAUAUACAAGUAAACCACCGUGUCGUUCAAGC